ACAUGAAGUAUAUCAAGCGUCAACUAAUUCCACGGGCUCAUUUCUUUUCAACUUUGCUCUUUGGAAUAAAAAGGAGCGAAAAUUUAUAAUUUCUGAAUUUUAUUUUGUGUUAGCGUUAAAAUUCCAGCUGUUUUCGUCGAAAUAAAGUAUUUUGCAAAGGGGAACGAUGUCCAGAAAGCGUUAUGAAGACAGAGACCGUGAUGACGGUAAGAUAUUUGAUUUGAAAUUAUUGAAAUUUGAUCAUUUCAUUACUUUGAAAUUAUGUUGUCAAUAUGUGUUUCUGCUUGUUUUGCUGUUUGUAUACUUGCAAAUAUGCUAGUUGUGCUGCUUCUACGUAUGUUUUGAUAAAUUGUGGUUGGAUUUUUUAUGAAAAAUCUUUAUCUGCAUGAGUAUUUAAAUUUUAAAAUGGUGUUUGAUAGAACACACUAUAAUAGAUGGGAUUUCUGUGGGUUAGUUUUAUCACAAGAGGUGCCCCAAAAUCUCGCUAUUUAUCUAUAUACAUGAAUUUGUGGUUAAUGCUCAGCAACUGGACUCUGCAGCUCAGUUGGUUAGAGUGUUGCACUGGAAUUGCGGGGCCACAGAUUCAGUUCCUGCUUGUAGUGUUCCAUUUUGUUCCCAACUGCUCCAUUUUGUGGAAAUGCUAUAUAAAUUUGCAAAAACCCAUCUACCACAAAUACACGAACCCUCUCAAGGUGGUUGUUCAUUGAAAUAUUUGUCAAUCGAUUUUUAGGAAGAAACAGGAAAAGACGCAAAGUUGAUCUCAAUGAUGUUGAGGAUAAACUGGAGUCAUUGAUCAACAGAGUUGGAGAAAAGGUCUAUAAUUUAAAGAUGAUGUCCACUCCGUUCUGCGCAUCAGUUCUGCUCAUAACAAAGGGGGACCCCCAGAUAUAAACAUUGCCCAAAAUUUUGCAUCUUUCGAACUUUUUUGAAUUGAAACGUACAAUUUAUAUUCAUUUACAAGCAUAGCGAACCAGAAAAUGUUAGAUAUUCAACUGUCACGACCAAUUCAUGUUUAACCCAUUACUACGGAAACCUCUCUCCUUGACGAGUGAAGUUGUCUGGUGCUAGACAGAGUAAAAUAAUAACGUAAUUAGGUCCAUCAGGGCGCAUUGCAGUUCAAUGCGUUAAUAACAUUCAUCUCUUGUGUGCAGAGCUCUGCAUCCCUGGAAAAUAAUUUGCAACAACUGGCGAAUGUGUUGGAAGCAGACCUGCCAAACUAUAAAGAAAGGAUUUUAAAAAUUAUUUGUACAUGGUGAGUCAUGUUCACAAACUUCAGUGUUGUUAUAUGUGUGUCCAGUGUGUUGGUAUAUGUAGUAUUAUAAUAUAGUCAUCUACUAUAUAUGAGCUAUUCUGCAGUCUGAUUGGUUGAGCUAGUUGCCAUAUAGUAUAUCAGCUCAUAUACAUCGAGUAGCAAAAACUACUAAGAUUAUAGCACAAAAACCACUUGAGAUCACCAAAAAAAAAGAAAAUUUUAGCUUUAAUAAUGAUAUAAAAAGACAAGGAAAAAGUCCCAAAGAUUUUUGAAUAGCGAAGACAGUUCUUGUCAUAUAUGGCUGAUAUACGACAAGAGCUGUAUUCGUCAAGAGCUAUUAUAUAGUAUUGUUAGUCAUACAAUAAGUUGGUUUGUGUCUGAAGUUCUGAACUCCUUGAGAAAAUUAAUAUGUACACUUUUCUUUGUUGUAGUGCUACUAACUCUCCUGAUAAAAUCAGUGUGUACAGCACCCUUGUUGGCUUGCUCAAUGUGAAAGACUAUAAAUGUGGUGAAGACGUAUGUGUUUAUUGAUUGAGAAGAUACUCCAUAUAACGUAUCACAGUUUUAUGACUGUGUAGUGUUUGUGUUUUUGACGUGCUUAUCAUUUUUCAACAGUUUCUUGAUUUGAUGGUGGAUGAUUUGAAAAAUGUCUUAAAAUCUGGUUCAUUUGAAAGAGCACAGUUAAUGGUAUGUCUUAGUUUAUAAGAUUUGUGGGGCUAAUAUAAUAAUCAGUACCACUAAUAUAGAGUACAAAAAAGACGGCCAUAUGAGGGAAACGCCUUUAACUGAGAGGGAACUCGUAGAUCAUGCAACUACUAGAAAAAUAUAAAAGAACUUCAACCUUCCAUAACCUUUAAAAUUUCUUCGUAAAUAUAUACAGUAAGGUUGAAAGCAUUUAAUUAACCAUUGAGUGGCAGUAAUCUCCCCUUGAUGAGUGAAAUUGUCUGGCAUUAGGCAGAGUCAAAUGAUAAAGUAGGGCAUGUCAGGGCACACUGCCAUUUAAAGGGUUCCCAAUAACCUGCUCAGAAAAAGUCUCAAAUUAAUAUGGGUGCACUUCUUUCAUAUUUUUCCUGCUAUGAGCAAUAAAACAUCUCUAUUUUUAUUUUGUGUAGAUUCGGUUUCUUGCUGACUUAGUAAACACAAAAGUUGUAGUUCCGUCUUCGUUGAUGAAUUUAUUUGACAAUUUCUUGGCUGUGACAAUGGAGGAUAAUCUAAUACAAGUGAGAUUUCUGUUGAAUUCCUCAUAUGUGGUUUAUUAGCAAGUCCUAUUGCAACAAUCGAUAUUCACGACAACUUUUUAUCUAUCCUAGGUUCGCUCUGACUGGUUUGUUCACACUGUUUUAUUAUCACUUCCUUGGGUAAGCUUUACAACCAUGUACAGUACUUUUAUUUGGCUCGGGUUUGUAUAUAUCUGAUACAACAUGGCAGCUCAUUGCUGUAUAUAUCACUGUACUUAAUAAAAGAACAUUGAGAGUUGUUAGACAAAAUCCCUGGUAUACUGUACUUUUCUUCCAAUUUUUAUCAGGCUGGUAAAGAGCUAUGGACUACAAGAGCAUCAGACUGUGAAAGAUUGUUUAAUACAAUUGAAAUUUAUUUAAAGUAAUGUAAAAACAUUUAAUUUCAUACUGUAGUAAAUUGUAUUGUUAAAUUUAAGAGGUAUUUUAAUACAUUGAGUGAAAGCACUCUCCCCUUGACAAGUAAAAUUUCCUGGCUAAUCACAGAGUAAAAUAAUAAAGUAGUGGGCAUCAGGGAUUAUAUAAUAUAUUUUAUUGUAAUUUUUAAUGUAAUGUGCAGGUCCCCUGUUUAUAACAGCUAUCUCAGCUGAUAGGGUCAACCUGUUAAAAUAAAGAUCAUUAUUGAUUAGGGCACAUUACCAUUUAAAAGGUCAAUAACCAAAUCAUUGGUCAUUUGUGUUGUAGUAAUCGUCAAAAGACUCAUGUGGAUGGUUUGAGAGUGUGGUCAUCAGAUCACCCACAUCUUCAGGAAGAGGUACAUUACUUAAUACCCAUUGCAUGUUUGCAACACAUUCCCCUUAUUGAGUAAAAUUUUCUGGUAAAAAAAAGUAGGAACAUUUCGAACCCUGUCAAUUAGGGUGCAAUUAGCCAUUCCGAAGUUGAUGAGUGGAUUGGGGACGAGUGUUAAAAAGUGCCCAAAUUAAGAAAUGAACCAAAUCACUAGAAAGACCAGUUAAAUUAGUCAGUGUACAAAGUUUGAAGACGUUUACAUGAAUACUCUUCGAAUAAUAAGCUUUCGAAAAUUGUGAAAUUACCGAUUAAAAGAUUGUUUUUGGGACGCGCAUCCCCCAAAACACAAAUCACAGUACAUUUCAUAGUGAAUAUUGCGAUUUUUGAAAGCUUAUUAUUCGAAGGGUAUUCAUGUAAACGUCUUCAAACUUUGUAUACUUACUAAUUUUGAGGUGGUCUUUGUAGUUACAUGUAUUUGGUUCAUUUCUUAAUUUGGGCACUUUUUAGCACUCGUCUCCAGUCCUCUCGUCAACUUCGGAAUGGCUAAUUGAGCCUCAAUGGGCUCCUCAUGAGUAGUAAUUUGUUGUUCUUUCUAUUCUCUCAGUAUCUUGACUGUCUUUGGGCUCAAAUCCAGAAACUCAAAAAUGAUAAUUGGGUGGUAAGUUAAAUAAUGACUACAAUUGAAAAAAUUAGAACUGGAACUGUAGAAAAUGUAAAAUUAGAACUGUACUUUUAUCUGAAUAUGUUAAUACAGGAACAUCACAUCAGAAGACCAUACUUGUCAUUUGCAGAAACGUUUGCAGACGCUUUGCAAGUAAGCAGAAAUAUUGGAUAUUAAAAUGUACAUACAGCGAUUAGUAAUUUUACAUAUUUGUGUUAUUCAGCACAUUCUAAGUCUUCUAAGACAAAGUAAAAAUAAGGCAUUAUAUGAUGUUAGAUAAGGCAUUUUUGUCGAAAAAAAACUUGAUUUACAUUGUCUUAUUUAACGUCACCUCUGCUGGGUAGCUUUAACAGCCAAACAGACAAUGAAGAUGAUGUUUUUCUCUAAGAAAACAUAUUGCAUUUCGUUGUAAAAUGUAGUGAAUACAGAAAUAAAGGGUUGUAUGAAUGAAUUUUUUUAUUUGCUGUCAUUUAGCACCCACUUCCGAACUUUCCAAUCUUAUCUCGUGAAGAAAAUGUUGAAUAUCCUCCUCCGCACGUUGUCUUUCGUAUGUUUGACUACACUGACGUGCCUGAGGGACCCACGAUGCCUGGUGCUCAUUCUGUUGAGAGAUAUUUGGUGGAAGAAAGCUUGAACAGAAUUAUUAACACACAUUACAAGGACAGAAAGGAAUGGUAUGCAUUUCAUUUGUUGCCAGGAGUGGAAAAAAUAGGCAAACACGCAAGCUCGCAGGAAAUGUCAAACAGCUGCAGGAAAUUUGUUUGAAUAUAACGGCCAACUUGCAUGUUAGACUAAAUUUUAAUCUAAGUAAAGAGAAGGGAAUCAAACACAACAGUUAAAAAGAAAAUAAUGAAUCAGUAAAAUUGCAAAGUUUGGUUGCGAAAUGUUGUAAAAUACAGAAAAUAUAGCCUUGUGAAGUUUGCAUAUUUUCAGUAUAUUUAUAUUACGUGCGGUAAUUGUUGCCAUUUUCGGCUCAAAAAUGGUAACAAUUUCCGCACGUAAUGCAAACAUACUGAAAAUAUGCAAACUUCGCAAGGCUAUAUUUUCUGUAUUUUACAACAUUUCGCAACCAACCGAUUUUAAUAAGUUCUUUACGGGAAUUUACUUUUUUUGCCUAAAUCAAAAAUUAGUCUAACAUGCAAGUUGUCUAUUGAAUGAAGAUUUAAUUAUUGAAAAUAUUUACAUUAUUUAAAAUGAAAGUGUUUACAUUAUUUUCUUAUUGCAUUUCUAAACUCCUAGUGCUUCACAGUUGAUGAAGUUUCCAGAGCGGGAAAAAAUUCCCUUGGAGUAUUGCAUUAUAGAGGUAUAUAUCAAUCCAUUUCUUCAAAUGAACACCAGGGGCAGGUUGUACGAAGGUCGGAUAGCGCUAUCCACCGGAUAGGGAUUUUUUCAACCUUUGUAAAAUGUUUGAAAAACUGUGAAACUACGGAUAUAGACGACACAAGAAGUAUAAAAACAUUCAACUUAUAAAUACUAAACUUUAAUACGAGUUAUACCAAUCAACGACUGAUUUAACAAAGCUUGAAAAAAUCACUCCGGUGGAUAGCGCUAUCCGGCUUUCGUACCGGCCCCAGUAUUUUCAAAUUUCAGCAAAAAUUUACCUCGUGUAACAUGGCUUUAAAAUGACGAACAGAAAAUAUGUCAUGCAUGCUCUUCUCUUAUUAUUCCAGGUGAUAUUUGGCAAUUUAUUUAAGCUUCCAGUUUCUCCUCAGUUGGAACUGUUCUACGGUUCUCUACUCGUUGAUCUUUGUAAAAGUCAACAAGCCACUAUACCUGGUGUCGUAUCCUUUAUAUAUAUAUAUAUAUAUAUAUAGUCAUAAAAAGUGUCAUAUAUUCAUAUCUGUUUAUUAUCUGCUCUGUUAGUUCAGCCACUAGCCAUGCUUGUGUAUUUACUUUUUUAAUGAGAUGGUAAGGCACUAGACUUCGGUACAAUGUACUAGGUAAUUUAGCCUUAACACGAAAUCUACAUAGCUUGCGCAAGCAACUGAACUGCUGUACGAAAGAAUCAAUACGAUGAAUACAACUUGUCUUCACAGGUAAGAAGUUUCAUGAGUAUUUUGUUGAUCGUGUUUUUCAUGUUUCCUUGGAUUUAUCUUGGUUAAUGCUCAUCUUCACGACACUGUACGUACCUGUAUACAACUCUACAAGUUAACCCAUAAAUGCGUUAUGCGCAUAACUUUGCCGUAAAAAGCGUCUGUUAGACAAAGUAAAAUAUUUGAGCUUAUCACAGCUUCAUGUGUUAAGUUAAAUAUCGGAUCAGAAUCCUUCCGUUGUUUUCUAUAUUAUAUACAGUAUCUGUCGAACGUUUAUAAAUAUGUUCGUUUAUUAAUUGGUAUCUUCACUUCGACACCUCGACUAUCACACUGAUGAAUAAAUAUAAUCUAGUUUAUAUAUGUAAGGAAACCGUAUUGUUGAGCCUUCAGUACAUAAUUACUGAGCCCGCUAUAUAACUGUUCGUCUACAGUAUCUACAAUGCUAAGUGCACUGAUCCCCUAAAUGUCAAGAUUUAAAAGCUGAAUAACCGUGCGUUUCUCUAGAUUCAUCACCUGGUUGUCCUAUCAUUUCAGUCAAUUUCAGUAUAAAUGGACUUGGGAUGACAGGCAAGUACUAACAAAACACUGGUUUCCAUCAUCUUCUUAAGAUUUGAGUUAUAUUUUUGUUGCCAUUUAGGAUUGCGUUAACGGAGGAAUCCCCUGACUCUCCACACCGAAAAUUUGUAAUCGAAGUCCUGGAAAAAUGCUUACGGUAACAUCGUCAAUGUUCACCAUUUUUUCAUUUGACCUCUUUUUUUCUUCUCUUUUAAUACAUUCAUUCUUCAUCGACAUUGACUUCAUGUACGAGAUUUUCGUUAUUUUUAGAUCUUCAUAUUACGAAUUCAUCCUUGAAGUUGUUCCAGAGUCACUUCAUGUUCUGGUGCCUCCAAAACCUUACUUCUCCUACAGAUAUGAGGAAAAAUCAGGUAAGAAUAGAACACUCCAUAUUGUAUUCAUGUUGGCUAGCUGUCUCAGUUCUAAACUGUUCUCCUGGAGGUCCAGUAAGGAUCAUCUCUUAUUGAUCCAGUGUUACUACAGGAGGAAACCUAAACUAAACUAACUUUAUUUAUACUGGAUAGUUCUAUCAGUUCUAAACUGUUCUCCUUAGAGGUCCAGUAAGGAUCAUCUCUUAUUGAUUCAGUAUUACUACAGGAGGAAACCUAAACUAAACUAACUUUAUUUAUACUGGAUAACUCUAUCAGUUCUAAACUGUUCUUCCUAGUGGUCCAGUAAGGAUCAUCUCUUAUUGAUCCAGUGUUACUACAGGAGGAAACCUAAACUAAACUAACUUUAUUUACACUGGAUAGUUCUAUCAGUUCUAAACUGUUCUCCCUAGAGGUCCAGUAAGGAUCAUCUCUUAUUGAUCCAGUGUUACUACAGGAGGAAACCUAAAUAAACUAACUAUAUUUAUACUGGAUAGCUCUAUCAGUUCUCAACUGUUCUUCCUAGAAGUCCAGUAACGGCCAUUCCUUAUCGAUUUAGUGUUUCCGCAUUUAUUUAUACUGGAUAUUUUUCCUAAUGUUUUGAAUCUUCAGGGCCCAGUCCUGGUCAUGAGCAUGCGAAAGGUCUGGUAGAUUCUAUCAAGGCCAGGAAACCAAUGGAUGAAUUAUUAACGUUGGUCAAUAAUAUUCCGAACUCACCGUCGGAUGAAGAAGACAUGGAUUAUAGCCAGGGUAUGUGCCAAGCAUCGGGCUUGGGGAAAAACAGGGUCUGAUACUCGGGCUAGUUGCGAGUGUGAUUCCUGCCUGGGUAUAUUUCUCUUUGUCAUAUUCAAUAUUUUGUUUGCAGAUGACCCUCGAAUUCCUUCCCUCAAGAUUGAUGUGUGUUUUCAAGUUUUGCUUAGAGCUGGAGCGAAAUCAGUCAGUCACACUUUUAAAGCCUUAGACAAGUAUGUUUAUCUUUGGUGAAAGCCUUUUACCAUAAGGAGUUUUAUUUGAAGAAGCUAUAGAUAUAUGCACUUCUGUAUGCGUAGAUUAGCGAAAGUGCACCAAAAGAAACAAUGAAACAUAUUUCUUUCAUUGUCUGAUUUUGAAAUCUACAUUCGUGGUACUAUGUCGUCCUAUAUUAACUACACACGUAAAAAUCUCACAACUUGUCAACAAGAUGUGUUCGCAACAGGCUUGUAGCAAGCUUGUGAGCAAGUUGUAACAACGCUGUUAUUUUAUCAAGUUACUACAAGGUUUGUUGACAAAUUGUUGAAUUGCAGGACGAUAACAAGUUGUUGGAACAACUUAUAACAAGUCUAUUGAAUGCACAACAAGCUUGUAGCAAGUUGUCAACAAGCCGUUGAGAACUUGUCAACAAACUGGGAACAAGCAGUGAGAACACAUCCUGUUGACAAAUUGUUGGACAGCAUUGUUACAAGUCUGCUGCAGGUUUGUUACAACUUGUGUGUUUUUACGUGUGUAAAUAUCGUCCUGUAGGUUUGAAAAAUUAUUGCGAAGUGUAGUCACAAAUGAGGAGGAAGAGCGACAUUGCCUUGAAGUAUUGCGUUCAUUCUGGAAGCUUCAUCCACAGGUAAAGACUGGUUUACACUAUCAAAGUUUCUGUGAUCACAGUAGGAAUUUUGCAUGCUUAGAAAUGGCUUUGUUAGAAAUGUUUGAGGGAACUGGCUUAGGGGCUGUUUAUAUAGUCCCGCUUACCCGGGAUUCAAUGAAGUGUGAAGUGCUGUAUUUUGAACAAUUGAAAUAUGUUUUUCAGCCCCCGAAGAAAAGUUAGAUAUUAUGUAGUGAAAGAAGAGGUCAAUCAACCUCGUUCCCAGGCUCUUUCCUCUUGUGGAGGAGGUCAAUAGCAUUAGACAACAUUUGUUUUUUUUGUUUAAAACAUGAAAUUUCAUACAAUUUGUAGCAAGAAUUUUUGUUAGACCAUGAAGUGCGACUUAUUUCAAUUGCUCAAAAUACUUCACACUUGAUUGAAUUGAAUCUUGGGUAAGCGGGACCAUAUAAACAGCCCCUUAGUGUUUAAAGACAACUCCCUACUCUAAUUAUAAACUGACGUAUUUUAUACUUGAUUGAAAGUCGUCUUCGAUGUUUCAGAUGAUCCACAUUGUGACGGACAGAUUGAUCAGAAUGCAGAUCGUUCACAGCGGUUCAUUUAUCAACUGGCUUUUUUCCAAAGAAAUGGCGAAUGAUUUUCACAGGUACAGUAAAUGCCAAUGCUUGAGAACAGAACAUGGGGCUAAAUUUUGAGUUCAUUUCCGUAUUAACAACCGCAAUUUAAAUGAACCUGGCUACCCAAACAACUCUCGUCCUGACAACCCUAACCCCAUUCUUGUAACGUCAUUCAGGAAUAGUUGCAAAGUCACUCUUAAAUUUUAAUUAAACUAUUUUUUGGUCAAUUAUUAGGUCGUAUAUGUGGGAGAUACUUCAUUCUGUACUAAGGAAAGCUACAAAACAAACAAAAAAGGUAUUAUAAUUAUUCUGAGAGUAUUAAGUCUUUGCGUAAGCUUUGAAACCUGAGCCCGGCUGGCACAGCAGCUACUGUAGUACUUGUACCAUUUACCUCUGUGACCAGAGUACAAUAACUACUAUAAUUUCCUGCAAUAUACAGAACCUGUACAUGUGUUUGAUUAUUAUUUCAUCUUGUUUUCUCCUGCAGUAAAACUAGAUCAUUAUAGAGAAGACUGAGCCGCUUUGAAGGAUCUAACAAAAUUUGCAAUUUUAGAUCAAGGCAGAUUUGGAGAAGGAACGGAUUAAGUUGGAAAGACUGGAAGACAAACACAAGAAACAGAAUGAAGAAAAGUCUGAAAGUGGCGUGACCGAUAUAGAAGAAAUUGAAAUAAAACGACAAGAAGUGCAAGGACACACAGAUCAACUUGAGCCCAUGCAGGAUGAGCAGAAACAGGUCUUUAUAGUUCUCUUCCAGGUACGACAAAAUUCUGUUUAUAUCUGGUUUUGGUUAAGCAUUAUCUUGCUGUGGAUGGUGAAUCUUUUCAUUAUAUGUAGUAGUCUUGUAUUUGGAGGUAAAUUGAGAUUGAGAGAUGUUUAUAUCUCCUUGCUCCUACAAAUGUGACUAUUCCUCAAGUCAAUAACCAACUUGUGUCCCGGAAGACUUACUACUGUAUAUGUUUCUUUCAUAUUCCUAGCGAUUUGUAAUGAUGCUCAAUCAACACAUAGCGCGAUGUGAGGAACAACAACAGGAAAUCAACUCACCAACUUUUAUCGCGAUUUUAGACAGAUUACGAGAAGUUUUCUACACGGUAAGGAGUAUAAAUAAAGUUAGUUUAGGUUUCCUCUAUAGUAACACUGAAUCAAUAAGAGAUGAUCCUUACUGGACCUCCAGGAAGAACAGUUCAGAACUGAUAGAGCUAUCUAGUAUAAAUAAAGUUAGUUUAGGUUUCCUCCUGUAGUAACACUGGAUCAAUAAGAGAUUAUCCUUACUGGACCUCUAGGAAGAAUAGUUUAGAACUGAUAGAGCUUUAUAAAAUAACAUGUAUAUAACGCGUAUUCUGAUUGGUCGAAAGCCGUGUUUGGAUCAGGCCAUCCAAACACGGAAGACUACCGUGUUGUUGUUAUUUUAUAAAACAAUUACUUUAUGGUUUCCGUGUUUGGAUGGACUGAUCCAAACACUUGGGAAUGUUGCUCGAGUUAAGAAAAGCGGGCAAAAUCACUCGCCUUCGGCUCGUGAUUUCGCUCGCUUUUCUUAACUCUCGCAACAUUCCCGCGCGUUUGGAUCAGGCCAUCCAAACACGGAAACCAUAAAGUAAUUGUAUAAUCCAGUAUAAAUAAAGUUAGUUUAGUUUUCUUCCUCUAGUAACACUGGAUCAAUAAGAGGUGACUCUUACUGGACCUCUAGGAAGAAUAGUUUAGAACUGAUAAAGUUAUCCAGUAUAAAUAAAGUUACAGUAGUUUAGAUUUCCUCCUGUAGUAACACUGGAUCAAUAAGAGAUUAUCCUUACUGGACCUCUAGGAAGAAUAGUUUAGAACUGAUAAAGCUAUCCAGUAUAAAUAAAGGUAGUAAGUCAACGAUAAACGUCUUAUGUUAAUAUACAUUGUCCAUUUGUUUCAGUACCAUCGUGAAAUCAAGCCGUAUAUUUCAACUUUGGAUACACACCUUUUCACCUCCGAUGUGGAUCAUCACAUUCUUAAUAUAUUCAAUCAAUACAGAGCUCUCAGCACGUAAGCUUAUCAUCUUGUCAGAAAAACCAUACGUGAGAAGUACUGAAGGUAACUUUGAGCAAGUGAAAUCAUUACUGUAACAUAGUCGGAAGUUUCCGGAAGUGCGUUUUGAAGGAUGUUGUUGAAAUACCGGAAAGAAGAGAACCUUCGUUUUGGAAGUAUGAAAAGUCUACUCUAAGUGAAACGUAAUGUCGAUUUUUGCCUACAACAGCAACAAAGACAUGUUCAGCGGCGAGAAGCGAGAUUUUGCUCAAGUCCAAACUAAAGCCCAUUUUCCACAAGGCGAAUUUGUUCGCGCGAACAGUAAAAAAGUAGAAACUUUUUCGCUGACCAAUCACAUUGCCAAGAUUUGUUUUUCGCUUCGCGCGAAGAAAUUCGAAAAUGGGCUUAAGACACGGAAAUUUGUUUUAAAAUAAACAGACCAUCUGAGACUUGCAUUACCAACUAUUUUAAAACAGUUUUUGAGUUUUUAUGCCUCUUUUCAUUAUUGAUGCUUGCUUUUAGUCUGCUCAAACCAAUGUAAGUUUUAGCUAAAUAUCGAUUAUUUUUAUCUGAACUACACUCGUUAAUAAUAAAUCUACAUGAAAAAAAUUUAUUCUGUGAUUUAAAUGACCUCGUUUUAUUUCAUAUUGUUACACUAUCUUCUAAAGAAAGUACCGAAAAAGCCUUGCAUGCCUAGGUAUAUUCUCAUGAAUAGUCCAGGUUCAGGAACAGAUUCUAUGAGUUCAGUUGGAGGCGGUUUUUCUUCAAGUUCUUUUAUAAUAAGAUCGCGUAACGAAGGUUUGGUUUUCGGGACCGAAGGCUGGAUGCCAUGUAUUAACAUUAUCUCUUCGUGAAAAUGAAGUAAGGAAGGUAGGUAGGUACUGCGUGUUGCACUCGCGGGAACCGUGUCCUCAGGACCAUCUGCAAAAUAUGAUAG